AUGCCUACCCACGUCAACCUAAUCACGGGCAAUCCCAACAAGCUGCGAGAAGUCAAGGCCAUCCUCGAAGCCGCGGGGAUCGAGGUCCGCAGCCAGAACAUCGACCUGGAGGAGGUCCAGGGGUCCAUCGAGGAAGUGACAGAGUCCAAGUGCCGCAGGGCAGCAGAACAGGCGGGUGGCCCCGUCUUAGUCGACGACACGUCUCUAUGCUUCAAGGCUCUGGGCGGUCUCCCUGGCCCUUACAUCAAGUGGUUUUUGCAAAAACUAGGCCAUGAGGGUCUGAACAACCUCCUCGCCGCCUACCCUGACAAGUCCGCUGAAGCUGUUGCCACCUUUGGAUACUCAGCUGGCCCAGGACACAAGCCCAUCCUGUUCCAGGGCCGUUGCCCAGGCAAGAUUGUUCCCGCAAGAGGACCUACCGAUUUCGGCUGGGAUCCAAUCUUUGAGUACGAGGGCAAGACCUUCGCCGAGAUGGACAAGUCGGAGAAGAACAAAAUCUCCCACCGCAGCCUUGCUCUCCAGAAGCUACAAGACUGGUUCAAGGAGCAAAACAGGGGCUCUGAAUAA